AUGCUUCGGCGAACAUCCAAGCGAGCCGUUGGCUACACGCCUGUAAAUCCGGACACCUCACCAAUGAUUGCGUACAGUCAGUAUCAUUGGCAUUACAAUCUUCCACAGGGAAUGGAACGACCACAUGCGGUCAACCGAACAAUGUCGGCUCCCUACCAGAGUGCUCAUUCACUUGUCAACAAGUAUCGUGGUGUGUGGAUUGAACUCGAUAUGCAUCCCGUUUUUCGAGUGGCCUUGGAACCACAACUACGUAAGCUUCCACAUGGGCGUACGAUGCCCAAUACUCCUGUUGAGGAGGUUAUCGCGGAUUACACUAAUUCAGCUCACCUUAUUGAUGAUGAAUUGACGAGAGAUCUUUGGUUGGCAAAGGUACUUCAACACUGUGGAUUCCAUAGAAGUGGAGAGGCCAUGGCAUUAUGGGAGAAGUAUUGUCAUGAACGCUUUAUGACUGAUGGUUCUACAGCAAAACCACCACUUGCUUUGGUUAAAGCUAUUCUUUUCUACUGCAGUAAAAUAGAUCACAAUAAUUGGAAACCUAUUUUUGAAAAAUGCUUAAAAGAUGGCUGGAACUAUACACCCUUUUUUGACACCGCUCAAUGGAAUUUUCUUUUAAAAAGUGUGGGUCGUUUGGGUGAUGAGCAAGGGGUUCGACUGAUUCUUGAGGAGAUGCUAGAUGUUCAAGCUGAUCUGGAUCGAGUAGAAGCUCGAUCUAUUGUCGUUGCACUUAAUGCUGUGAACGAUAAUAUUAUUUACGAAUACAUUAAAAAAUAUCUUUUUAACUUUGGGGAACGCAAGGUGAAAUUUUUACGCAUUACAUAUUCUGAUCUUCGUGGUCAUGGAGCAGGGAAGCUAAGAGUUCCCCUUAAGGAGAAUGAUAAAAUGUAUUAUCACGUUUGCUGGCAUAGUAGUAUUCGAGCUCCAAGACAAUUUUCACCACGUCAACUGUAUUUUGAUUACAAUCCAUCAACUUUGGGUUCAAGUGUGCAUAAUCCAAAUGCAAAAAUUGACGAUAUAGUAAAAGAUAAAAUUGAAAAAUGGAAAUCUGAAGGAUUAUUACCUGAAGAUUAUGUACACGAGGACCGAGUGUACGAUCGUGGUGCUGCCUUUAAGAAUGUAUCACGCCAGGAGAAGUGGAAGAAGUGGCCAAAGAUCGUGAAGAGCAAGAGAAUGGGUUACACAGGUGACCCGUAA